AUGUCUGACUCCGUCGAUCGCGUCUUCGUCCACGCCCUGGCCACCGUCCGACGAUUACCUCGCACGGGAUCUUCACGACCACCCCCUUCUGCCCGUCUCCGCCUGUAUGGCCUCUACAAACAAUCCAUGGAGGGAGACGUCGAAUCGAUCCUACCGCGACCGACGCUCCCUUCCGUCUCCCCGGAUCCCAAUAACUCCAAAUCAAAUAACGUCCACCGCUACGCUUCGCGGGACCUGCGAAUACGCGAGGCCGAAGCCGAGAUUGAGAAGUGGGAUGCAUGGCACAGCUGUGCGGGCAUGUCCCGCACCGAAGCCAAGAGGCGGUAUAUCAGCACGCUGAUCGAGACCAUGAAACAAUAUGCGAGCGGGACACAGGAGGCUCGAGAAUUGGUGGCGGAGCUGGAAUUCGUGUGGAACCAGAUCAAAAGCCAGAGUGGCAGUUCGGAGGACGAAGAUGCAGAUCCGCCCACGAGGCGACUGGAGCGGGCCGGUCUGAAACAGACACCACAGAUCAGUAUCCCGCCAGGUACUGGUGCUGGGACUGGUGCUGGAGCUGGUAUCGGUAUGGUAGCGGGAAGCAGUGGCCUCUUGAGCAGAUUGAAUUCCGAUCCGAAUCGGCUACGAGUACUAUCGCCUGUUUCGCAACGAGACAGCGACAGCAUUGUGGAGGGAGAAGAGGUGGAUCCCGAGACCGGCGCCGUCAUCAACCCCCUUCCGACGACGCAGCCACCAGCUAUCGAAGCCGAAUGGAGGCAUCAAGUUGAAUCACAUCUACGACAUCUCUCCACCGAGGUCGCCGCGUUGCGCGAGCAGUUAUCAGCUCACUAUCUGCUGUCUCCGUCGUCACUCUCUCCGUCCCUGACGUCCAGACGAAGGAGACUGCUCUAUCGGAUGUCCGCGUGGAUGAAAUGGUUGGCCUGGAUCUUCGUCAGGCAGCUUCUCAUGGAUGCCGGACUGGUGUUGAUGUUUAUCCUGUGGGCGAGGUGGAAGGGUGACAAGGAUCGCCGGGUCGAACAUUGGGCCCGACGGCGCUGGAAAGAGGUUUCUCGAUCUCUCGCAGAUGUCGACAGGUGGCUGAGACAGUCAAUACGAGUCAUUCCUAUACCGCGCAUAUGGAAGGGCCCUUGA